AUGUCUAGUUCCACAACCCCUGAUAUAUUAAGUCCUUCUGUGGACAAGGCCGCAGUGCCCAGUGAUAAUAUACAUGCAGAAGAAUUACGAUUUAGAGAAAAAAUUAAAGAAAACCGURCUGACAUCCUAUCAUACUUCCAACUCAUUCAAUAUUUGGAAUCUCAGGAGUCAUACGCUCAGGUGAGAGAUGUUUACGAGGAAUUUCAUACCACGUUUCCAUUUUAUUCGCCUGCAUGGACCUUACAAUUGAAAGGUGAAUUGGCAAGAGAUGAAUUUGAGACAGUUGAGAAAAUCUUAGCGCAAUGUCUUUCUGGUAAGUUAGAAAACAAUGACUUAUCUCUUUGGUCAACAUAUUUGGACUACAUACGUAGAAAAAACAACUUGAUCACUGGUGGGCAAGAAGCGAGAGCCAUUAUUGUCAAGGCGUUCCAAUUAGUUAUGCAAAAGUGUGCAGUUUUUGAACCUAAAUCAUCAUCGUUUUGGAAUGAGUAUCUCAGCUUCCUGGAACAGUGGAAACCAUUCAACAAAUGGGAGGAGCAACAGAGAAUUGACAUGUUGAGAGAAUUUUACAAAAAGAUGUUAUGUGUUCCUUUCGAUAAUCUAGAAAAAAUGUGGAACAGGUACACUCAAUGGGAACAAGAAGUAAACUCUCUAACAGCAAGAAAGUUUAUUGGUGAGUUAUCGGCCGAAUAUAUGAAAGCUCGUUCUUUAUAUCAAGAAUGGUUAAAUAUUACCAACGGACUGAAAAGGGCAUCUCCAAUUAAUCUACGGACAGCUAACAAAAAAAACAUACCACAACCAGGUACGUCUGAUAUGAACAUUAAACAAUUGCAGAUUUGGCUAGAAUGGAUAAAAUGGGAAAAGGAGAAUAAGCUGAUGCUUAGUGAAGAUGUGUUAACAGAAAGAAUCCAUUAUGUCUAUAAACAAGGUAUUCAAUACAUGGUAUUUUCUGCAGAAAUGUGGUACGAUUACUCAAUGUAUAUAUCCGGGAAUUCGGAUCGACAAAAUAUCCUAUAUACUGCGUUAUUAGCUAACCCCGACUCCCCUUCUCUUACAUUUAAAUUAUCAGAAUGUUAUGAAUUGGAUAAUGAUUCUGACAGCGUUUCAAACUGCUUUGACAAAUGUACUCAAACCCUGCUAGCACAAUACAAAAAUACCACCUCCAAUGUAGAUACAAGUGACGAUGAUAAAAAUCCUAUCACAGAGCAUGAACAAGAUCUGGUAUACAGACAAAGAGAAAAACUAACGUUUGUGUUUUGCGUUUAUAUGAAUACAAUGAAAAGAAUAUCAGGCCUAUCCUCUGCACGCUCCGUAUUUGGUAAAUGUCGUAAACUAAAGCGUAUAUUAACACAUGACGUAUACGUGGAAAAUGCAUAUCUAGAAUUUCAAAAUCAAAACGAUUAUAAAACAGCUUUUAAAGUUUUGGAACUGGGUCUAAAAUAUUUCCAAAAUGAUGGAGUUUAUAUCAACAAAUACUUAGAUUUUUUAAUAUUUUUAAAUAAGGACUCACAAAUUAAAACCUUAUUUGAAACAUCCGUUGAAAAAGUUCAAGAUUUGAUCCAGUUGAAAGCAAUUUACAAAAAAAUGAUAAGCUAUGAAUCCAAGUUUGGUAAUUUAAACAAUGUUUAUUCAUUAGAAAAAAGAUUUUUUGAAAGAUUCCCUCAAGAAAACUUAAUUGAAGUUUUUACAAAUCGUUAUCAAAUUCAAAAUUCAAAUCUAUUAAAAAAGCUGGAAUUAACCUACAUGUACAAUGAGAAAGAAGACAGUUACCUUUCUUCCGGAAAGCAGAACAGUGACUACGGCUCCUCUAAUAUAAAUCCAUCAGAAAGAAAAAGAUCAAUGGAGGAAUCCGGAAAUAAUGGGAACUUUUCUAAUAAGAAAUUCAAGAGGGGCUCAGAACUACCAGCAGAAGUUCUUGAUUUAUUGAGUGUCAUACCUAAACGCCAAUAUUUUAACACUAAUUUGCUAGAUGCACAAAAGUUAGUUAACUUCUUGAAUGAUCAAGUAGAAAUCCCAGCAACCAAUGGCACCAAAUCAGGUUAA